UAGGUUGAUCCAACCAGGUUUUUUUCGAAGUUAGAAUUUUCUCGGCUGUGUAACAUUUUUCUGUUUGCAGUCUUGAUUGCGCCAGUGCUGGCACACGGCGCUCCUGGUUUGUGGUUUAUAGGAAGAACUUCUGGUCCUUUAGUAGAGUCGGUCUGCAUUGCGUCGAAACCCUCCAACUCCUCCCCCUCCUCCCUCUCCUCUCUCUCCUCGCUUCCGCUGUACUUGCAAGUUAAACGCACAACAAAUCAUGCUCGGCAUUGUUCAGAAACCAAUUGAGCGUCGCGCGCUGCUCAGAUCUGCGUUUUAAAUCAUUUUUUUGUUUUAAUGAAUUUAAAAUGAGAAAUCGUGUUCAUGGUCUUGCGCUGGAGCACGUACGUUUCUGCCCGUCAUUCCGUCUUGUGGCGAAAAGGCAGCAGAUUUCUGCUGAUGCAGUGAUGUAUGGAAAUGUCAAGGACUCGCUUAUUGCCUCUUAAAUGUAUCUACCCCCGAACUGCAGCGCAGGAUCUCCUCCUGCGGUAGACUUUUAGCUCUUCUCACCACCGUGCCGCCGUCAAAGCGACUUUUGCAGCCCAGCAGUCCUCUCUUCUCGCUCCUUUCCCUGUCAGGCUCCCUGCACCAGACCACUAAGCGUUAGUUUAAUCUCAAUGUGAUGAGAAAAGCAACGUUCGAGGCUUUUAUUUACUAGACGCAACUGAAAGUUCCUCACCUGACAACCACCAGUGCCCUGCUGUUGAAUGAUUUUACUCGAGGCUAAGACGCAUUCAAGACCUCCAGAGACCAAACCUCGAAGCAGCAGUAGCAACUGCUGCACAUGCACUGGAGAGCAGCAAUGGUCAAGUCAGCGAGAGCCGCAGUGGAGCUUCACUGAGGCAAAGCAGCCAACCACCCCCCAAACAACUGGGGACGCUCCAACAAUCUAAGGGGUGUGGGAAGCUGAGGAGUGGAAAUUUUCUCCCAAUCCUGAAUGCCCGGUCAGUUAAAUUAACACCCCUUCACAGUUCCUCCUCCACCUCCUUCUCCCUUUUUGCCACCUCAUCCUCCUCCUCCUCCUCCACCCCAAAAUGACUGUAGUAGCAGGGGACAACAUGGACGAGACCUCGGCUGUCCCAGGACACCCUCAGGACGCCUACCCACCAGACCACAAUGACCAUGAGUGCUGCGAGAGGGUGGUCAUCAACAUAGCUGGCCUCCGGUUUGAGACACAGUUAAAAACUCUGUCUCAAUUUCCAGAGACGUUGCUAGGCAACCCCAAAAAGAGGAUGCGGUAUUUUGACCCCCUGAGAAAUGAGUACUUCUUUGACAGAAAUCGCCCCAGCUUUGACGCCAUCCUGUAUUACUACCAGUCCGGUGGCCGACUAAGAAGGCCAGUGAAUGUUCCCUUGGACAUGUUCUCAGAAGAAAUAAAGUUUUAUGAGCUGGGAGUCGACGCCAUGGAGAGGUUUCGUGAGGAUGAGGGCUUCAUCAGAGAGGAAGAGCGGCCUUUGCCUGAGAGGGAGUUCCAGCGUCAGAUCUGGCUCCUCUUUGAGCAUCCAGAAAGUUCAAGCACCGCCAGAGGGAUUGCUAUUGUGUCUGUGAUGGUCAUCCUCAUUUCAAUAGUCAUAUUUUGUCUGGAGACUUUACCACAGCUGAAGGAAGACCCAGCGGGACGAUUUGAGAAAUCUGGGAACAUUACUAUUUAUUACAAACCAAAUAUCCUCACUGACCCCUUCUUCAUCAUCGAGACUCUCUGUAUAAUCUGGUUCUCCUUUGAGUUGAUAGUUCGCUUUCUGGCAUGCCCGAGCAAACCGGCCUUCUUCAAGAACAUGAUGAACACGAUUGACAUUGUGGCCAUCAUCCCCUACUUCAUCACACUCGGCACGGAGCUUGCAGAAGACCCAGAGAGCGAGGGAGUAGGGGAGCAAGCGACAUCUCUGGCCAUCCUCAGGGUGAUCCGUCUGGUCAGGGUGUUUCGGAUCUUCAAGCUGUCACGACACUCCAAGGGACUUCAGAUUCUGGGGCAGACCCUCAAGGCCAGUAUGCGGGAGCUGGGAUUGCUGAUCUUCUUUCUGUUCAUUGGAGUCAUCUUGUUUUCCAGCGCUGUCUACUUUGCUGAAGCAGAGGAGAAAGACUCGUACUUUGGUAGCAUCCCGGAUGCAUUCUGGUGGGCUGUUGUAUCCAUGACAACUGUGGGUUAUGGUGACAUGGUCCCGGUCACUAUAGGAGGCAAGAUUGUAGGAUCUCUCUGCGCCAUCGCUGGAGUCUUAACAAUUGCACUCCCAGUGCCUGUCAUUGUGUCCAACUUCAACUACUUCUACCACAGAGAAACCGAGGGAGAGGAGCAGGCCCAGCUGCUCAAUGUUAGCAACCCCAACAUCCCCUCAGAAACCAACUCCAGCCGCCGUAGCUCCUCAACCGUCAGCAAGUCAGAGUACAUGGAGAUUGAUGGAGACAUCAACAAUAGCAUCGACAACUUUAGGGAGGCAAACCUUAGAACUGGCAAUUGCACUAUAGCCAACCAAAACUGUGUUAAUAAAAGCAAGCUGCUUACAGAUGUGUAGACGUCACUUAGGUAGUUUAAGGUCUCUAAGGUACUGUCACAUGUGGGGGUGGACCAUGAGUUAGGAAUGCUUCAUUUACCUCCCCCAGUGCACUCUAAGGCAUUAGGCCUCCAAACAUGCUCAGCUAUAAACAAAGGAAACACAGCUUUUAAAGUAUUACCCAUGUAGAUAGAAUAAUUAAUUUACUGAUCCUACAACUAUAUAGUUAAGUCAUGUAUACAUGGCUCCUUAGAGGACGCAGAGCACACCCUGUCUUAGGAGACAACAGCAUUCUAAUUCUUAUGCAUGGAGUACAGAUAACAUUUCAGCAAGUUGCACAAUGCACCAGAAAUGACCGCAGACGUUCAAGCCUCUAAGCCAAGUGGUAACCGCCAAGAAGUUAGAUGACCCCCCCACCCCACCCCCACACCCCCACACCCCUCUCUCUCUCCUCUCCCUGCAAAGGAUCUGCUACUCAGCAAAGCACCUUACAGUAGGAUGACUGACUUCUCUCUUGUUUGGAUGUACACAGAUGGUGAUCUGCUUGCUUCACGGACAUCUGCAAUGCUGCUGUUCUGCAGCAGUUGCUGCAAUUGUGUUAUCACCAAGUGAUUCAAUGCCAUGCCCUUUAUAGAUGCAACACAGCACAAUGGUAAAAAUAAGCUUCAUGCAAGCAUGAUCUAGAGAUUUUCCAUGUUGAUAUCAGCAUGCAUGAGACAUAUGUCACAGGGUGGGAAAGGGUGUUCAUUUCCCACUUCUCAUAUGUUGUCACACUGAGUGCACUGGAUGAGUUGUUUUUAUUUGAAUUGCUAAUAAUUUAGAAGUAUAGAAACUGAAUGUUAAACCUUAAGGGAACAGUACAUAAAUGAGAUCAUAGCAUGAAAAAAGUAACCUGCAUUAUGACUUAUCGACAAAGGUACUUUUGUAUCCUCGUAUAUUUAAUGCAUGAUAUGAGUUUUACAGCUUGUUGCAGUUCAUGCAUUCUGCAGCGCCCCAUCGUCAGGGAAACGAAGGAAAUCAAAUGCGGGGUGUUUCUGAAUUGUUAUCACACAUGUCCAAACAGGUUGAGGAUGCAGAGUUUCUGAUUUAACAAUAAACAAAUGAAAGAACCGACGAAUCAACAACAAAAAUGCAUAUAGUGACAAUAAGCACCAGUUACAGUAUUAGUCAGUAAUGCAGUGCGUGGACCUGGUUUGAAAGAGAAAAGUUGAAUCAUGCUUCCAUCUCCACUCAUUUUAGUACAGAUUUAUUUAGGAAAACCAAAACUGAAUGUCACAUCACAUUUCAGAGUGUCCUUGUAAUAUUAGUUGUCAGUGCCUUCAACCCCCGCCCCCCCUACACACACACACACACACACACACACACACACACACACACACACACACACACACACACACACACACACACACACACACACACCAACAGGAUCGUAGAAAGUGCCUCGGUGUUCAGUGGAAUAGGUGUGUGAUUGAGCUGGUCUGUUUCAGUGCUGAAAAGCUGUUAGUUGAUGCCAGAAGGUUCAAACAGCAGGUGAUGGUGGUAAAAAAAAAAGAAACAUGCUGUCAUGCACAACUAUGUUUUCAUGCUGAUUUGCACUUAAAUUCGCCAUUGAGCAGCAAUGUAUUGUACUCAGCAUGUUUACCAUGAAGUCAAAAGGGAAUUAUUUAUUUAUUUAUUUAGUUCAUGCGUCCUUUCCUUUGUGCACCAUUCAUCCUUUCAGGGUCUCUACCUCAGUGAGGUCAUUGCAAACUUGCUACAGAGCUGCAACCUUCAGAGCAGGGCUUCCUAUACCUAUUUACAGAAUGAUGUAAAUGUACAUAAUGCAAACUAGAACCUUAAGUCACGCAAUAUUGAAUGUGAUAGUCCCAAAGCCUUUACACAAGCACUUACACACACACAUAGGGCAAGUAGGGUACCACAAUCACGCCCCCUUCCCCACUCUUCUUCCACUUAAAGCUGCGCACAAUCAGGCCGUUCAUUAGUGGAGAGUUGAGAAAUGACGCUCCCCGACUGUUCUAGGAGCACGUUUCUAUGGUUGUAUUAAAAUAUAAGAGAAAAACGGAAAAGUAGACGUUGGGCAUUAUGAUGUACUCCAUCUUUUCCAUGCUUGUGUUUUGUUUUCAUGCAUCAUUUCUCUGCACGUUGUUUAACCCUCUGGAGGCAGGCGUUGCAGAUUUGCAACGUUAAAACCUACCUACCUGGUCACUCCACAUACGUAUCUCAUGAGCAUUUUUUAACUCAGAAGUACCCCUGAAGGACUUAGUUGUUCGUCCUUUUAUCAACACUUAUUUUGAGCCUGAGAGGGUUAAAACGGGAGAGCUGCAGGUAGAUUGGGACAAAAUGUUACUUGAAAAUCUCCAGCUACUGUACACCAAUCUACUCGCUCAGUUCUGGUUCAUCCACAUAAAAAGUGAGACUUUGUGCUGCACUGUAUGCUUUUCAAAAUAUAUAUAUUUUAACACUUUCCUGGCAGGAUCCUAGAAAAAUAACAGCAGCUCCACUGCGGUGCUGCUCGAAUGUCAGAGCUGUUUCUGUUGGUGCAAUGGCCGCCCUCAGUGGUGCUAACAAGACGAACACUUUAGUCGUGCUACCAGAACUUCUGCAGCUAAAGCAAGCCUUCUUUAAAUGUCCAUUUGGUCAUUUUUCCCACUAAGGGAGGUUAUUUUAGGCAAAGUGUUUGUUGUUUUAGUUCAAACUGAUCUUUGUACUGUAAUCACAAAGGGCAUCAUCCUCAGGCAACUGCUUAUCACAACAAAUACUCAAAUUGUGUACAUUAAGUAAAACAAAAUACAUAAAGCAUGUAUAAUGAAUGUUUAUAUAGGAUAAAACCAGAACAUUAAAAUAGCCUCAAAUGCAGCUAUAAAGAAAUUGCUUAAAAAAGUUAAAAAAGCAAAACAAACGAAUUAAACAGAAAAUGCAGAUGAUAGCCUUGUGUUAGCCGUGAGGGCAGGUGGUGCUAUGCAUUCAUCAGUCCAACACUAGACGCCAUUCUCCACAGCGGUAGAGCAAAGUAGAGCUUUCUUUUGCGUUAUGAACGUGGAAGAGUGGAACUCACAACCUCUGGCUGGUUGUGCUGGCGAUGUUUUCAGGGUCAGAUCCUUUUUAUUUAGAGAAACAGUUUUGUCUUCAGUAUCAUAGUAUAGAAAGACAAAGAAACGUCUCUCAGUAGUUUUAGACGUUGAUUUGUUAAGCUCACUGUCAGACAUCACACUUCUGCAAACAAAAUGUGUAAGAAGAGCUAAAAAGGAUUCAAAAUACAAACUCUGUCUAAAAACUAAAGCUUUAAAGAAAUCUACAGUAAGUUAGAGGAAGUAACCACGAUACGCUGCAGUUAUGUAACAGAAACAUGUUUGAUGUGAGAUCUGCUUUUGUUCGGUUUGUUUAUGGUGACACCGUCGCCAACAGGCCUUAUGCUGGGACGUGAACACACUCCUGUAAGCCAUGACCAUGAAACCACUAGGAGAUAUGGACUAUUAUUAUCAAAAGGGACUUUAAAAAUCUGAUUCACUCCUGUUUUAAAUUUUUUUUGGUUUUUCAACUCAAACCCUCCUGCUGAACAUCCUGCUAUAAUGGAUCUCUACAGAAAAAAAAAACAACAACAAAAAAACAAAGUGCAUGGACGAUGGAGGACUGCAUGAGCUUUACCUUUCAAGCUGCAGAUCAACUAAACAGUUGCAUCAUUUCAAACAGAAACCCUUGCUCUCAUCUGCACCAAGGCUUCCUGUAAAAGCUCCGUCAUGAAAGUCGUUCUGAAGCGUGUCCUUUUGCCGGAUCUCUCUAAAAGCACCUUAGCGCCGGCUGGGACGACGUCGGGUAUCUGAGCCGUGCUCGCCGUCUCCGUGUGGAAUGUUCGGGCCGUGCUUGCCAGACUCUGAAUGUGAGCGAGGACAAGAAGGGCUAGAUUCUUAGACUCUCAGACUCUGAAGCUCUUUCAAGAGACUUUAGUGAUGCUGGUUGGUGAGAAACAUGUCCGUCAUGUCUAAAACUGGACACAUUCAAUCCUCUGUACAGACUUCAAGGGUUUUAAAAAGUCUCAGUGCUGGACUGCUUUUUUCAUCUGCUGUGGAAGUGCUGUAUGGGAUGGAACCGUGGGACGUUGUGUUCCUUGUUUGUUUUUAAAAGUCUGAUGGCUCCGAGUUUGUAUUGUGAGUGAAGAAUGCACCUUUACCUGCUGUUAUGAAGGAGCUGGGCCCUUUCUGAGCACAGCGCCGAAGGACUGUAGAAGUCUUCUGCUCCUCUUUUCAUCCACAAGCAAGUCAAACUCUGUCUAAUCGAAUCCAGCUGUCAUUGUCAUGUUGUGUUGACAAAAGGAUUAUGCUAGUGUGUGCAGCUCGUCGGAUGAUGACAAAGGCAUGGUCUGUGAUCUAUGCAAGGGUUAAUUGUUGAGUUCUUUUCUUUCGUAUGUCACCUAUAAAUUCAUCUACAUUAACUUCAAUAAAUUUUUAAGGAUC